GCAAGCUGCCAAGUAGAGGUAAAGCAAUGGAGUAAAGUAAGCCGUACUUUUAUUAUGGAAUGAGUGUGAGUGAUUUGAAAAACAAAUUGGGAAAAAAAAAUGAUUUUUUUCUUCUAAAUAGGUUUGCCUAAUGGUAUAUACAAAUAUGAAUUUGAAUAUAUAUCAUGUAAAAUGGUAUGUCAUAACAACAUUUCUUCUUCUAUUUAAUGAAAUAAACUAUGCUACGACUGAAAUAAUAACAUUGUCUAUCGGAGCUGCAGCUUUGGCGGGAGCGUGGUUAAAAUGGGAUAAUGUUAUUAAAGACAAUACAGUUUGUCGUUUUAUGGAGUGUUGUAACGAUGAUCAUGUACCAUAUGAUUUGGAAAAACUAAAACAAUCAUUAUCGGAUAAAAUGUAUGGACAGCCCCUUGUUAAUGAAUUAGUGAAUAUUCUUCGGGCUCACAAAGAGUCUGUAUAUAAUAAAGAUAAAGCGAAUAAGAAGGCUUUGGUAAUAAGCCUUCAUGGAUGGUCUGGUGUAGGUAAAAACUAUGCUGCAACUAUGAUAGCUGAAGCGUUAUACAAAAAGGGAAUGCAAAGUAAAUUUGUAAAAGUAUUUAUGGGAAAGAAAGAUUUUGACUGUACUGAUCUAGAAAAAAGCAAACAAGAACUGAUCACAAAUGUAAACAGUAUAGUAAAGAAGUGUGGAAAGUCCUUGAUAAUAUUUGAUGAAAUCCAUGAUAUGUGCCCAUCUGUGCUGGAUGCAAUCAAGCCAAUGCUAGAUCAUCAUCACGCUGUUGAUGGUGUUGAUUAUAGGGAUACCAUUUUUAUUUUUAUAUCUAACACUGGUGGAAAAGAGAUAGCUUCUAAUUUGUUAAAACUUUAUGGAGAAGGGGUCAAGAGAAACGAAGUUGAAUUCCAUAAUUUUGAGCCUGUUAUAAGAAGAACUGCAUAUCAUCAAGGAGGUUUAGAAAAGUCUGCUACUAUUGCACAUCAUCUGAUUGAUCACUACAUACCGUUUCUACCUCUAGAGCAAAAUCAUGUAGAGCUAUGUGCAUUGGCAGAAUUUAGAUUUCAUGGAAUAUUGAAUCCAUCUGAGGAAAUGAUGGCUGAAGCAUUGACAGUGAUAACAUAUGGACCAAGUGAAGAUCAACCCAUUUUUGCAAAUAAUGGUUGUAAACGAUUUACCAGGCACAUUCCUUAUGUGAUACAAAAAUUUAAGAGUAAAUUAAAUUAAUACUAGUUAUAAAUAAGUAUAUAUUUUUAAAGUAUUGUGAUAAACUAAUAUAAUGUUUCUUUGGUAGCUAAUUGCACAUCUAAACAGAUUUUCUGAAAAAUUGUGAUUGUAUCAUAUUGUUGAAUCUAAUCUAAAAAUGGAAUGUUGAUGCUGUAAGCAAUUUUGUGAUGCAACACCAGUAAAUUCGGUGUAUUUUUAUCGUUUUUAGGGUCGUUCGUUCUAUAUUCAUUCAACCAUUACACCUAAUCAGUAAUCUUACUAAAUUUAGAUGUUCACAGUUUUGUUAAAAUCUCUUAUUAUCCUAGUAGGUGGGUUGAAAUAUAUCAUACAAGUUUUAUGUUAUACAUGGAUAGUUGUGAUAUUUUUAAAUUAGUUACUUUUCCUCAAUCCCCAUCAAACCAUAAUCAUGUACCUGCAUAUGUCUUUUUUCUUGCACCUAUGUUUGGAUCUUAAUUUAAGUAUCUCAGAUCUGCUAAGUUUAAAAAAUAGAAGCUUAUUUUGUAUAAUUAAUAACACCCUCUCGUGAUAAAAUCACUGUUAAUAUUUCUAAUAAAUUGUUGUUUCUUAA